CCACGGUCACACUAAAUGCAUUACAAAUGUAAACCAAAGUCAAUUAUCCUCGCCGGGAUUUCACAACAAAUUGGGAAUAAACAAAAUGCUAUCAGUACGUGGCCAAGGAGAUUACCCUGAGGAGCAAAUACUGGAGUAGUACGCCAUCCAAAGAAAUCCCUGGAAGUCCGUCCAAGACGUGGAGAAUCCACAGCAGCCGAUCAAGCCGGAAAAGUCGAGUGCCAGAAAUCGAUGCCCCACUGCCACACAAUGGUUUACAUGCGGAUUGUAUUGACGACCUUGACGACCAUAACGUGUCUUUUGGGGGACAACUUUGUGGAGCUCACCCAACAUCCGCUCCUCAAGGCUCUGGCGGAUAAUGCCACCCAUGCGGCCAUAGGAGCCCUCACGGGGAUUGCAUUUGCCAUGCAGUUCUACGAGAGGACCUCGCAACUUUUCGGCUGGAUAUUGAUUUUCACCUGUUUCGUUGUGUCAUCGUUCAUUGACCUGGACCACUUUGUGGAGGCACGUUCGUUGUACUUGGAAGAUGCGACCAAUUUAUCAAGAAGACCCUUUAUGCACUGCUCCACUAUUAUACUGAUAAUAUUGCUGUUCUACAUAUGCACCGCCUGUUUGAACUACUUCCGGACCAGCUUAAUGCUGGGGUCGCUACUCUGUGCCUUCAUCACUCACCACACCAGGGAUGCUGUACGGCGGGGGUACUGGAUAUGCCCGAUGGGACACACGGAUCGAGUGCCUCAGCUUGCCUAUAUACUAACCACAAUCCUGACGCCCCACUUGCUGGGCUACCUGCACAACCUGUGCCGGAGUGCUGUUGUUUUGAACUUCCUGGGUCAAUACAUUAAGCUGAGCGAGGGAAACUACCGCAGCUCCGCGGCCAGCUAUCGCUAUAUGCAGGUCUAGAUUAGUUAGGAACUUUUUGUGAUAUCUGCAACAUCAUCAAAUGGUAAAUGCAAAUGCUUUUAAGGCUUCAAGUGCUUUAGGAUUAGCUUUAGAAUUGAAUCAGCUAGAAACCAAAAACUUCCACACUACGAUACACAAUUUUACACACUCAAAAUACAACUAUUCGAGUACCUUUUUUAGGGGAACUAAGCUUCCCGUCCACUUGAUUCUUCUCUGACAAGUAGCAUGUAGGUUUUUACUAGCAUCUAAAUACAGAUAAUAUCCGAAUUUGUGAUAUGUAGUACAUAGUGAGACUAGAGAGUAACGAGCAUAGCGCACAAUGAUAUGUAGUCGAUCUUAAACUUCCAAUUUGACUCUUUGUAAUGUAGGCACAGGCGAGCCACGUAGUCCGUACGAAUUUUAAGCUAAUCGAACAAUAAACUCAAUGUAAUUGCCUUAAACUACUAAA